UCGCGCUUCCACAGUUCCCGCCGGGAGCGCUACGGCACAGUGUUCAAGACGCACCUGCUGGGCAGGCCGGUGAUCCGAGUGAGCGGCGCGGAGAACGUGCGCACCAUCCUGCUGGGGGAACACCGCUUGGUGCGCAGUCAGUGGCCGCAGAGCGCGCACAUCCUGCUGGGCUCCAACACGCUGCUGGGGGCGGUUGGUGAGCCACAUCGGCGGCGGCGCAAGGUCCUCGCGCGCAUGUUCAACCGUGCAGCACUGGAGCGCUACGUGCCGCGCCUGCAGGAGGCGCUGCGGCGUGAGGUGCGCUCCUGGUGUGCUGCUAGAGGACCAGUAGCUGUCUAUGAGGCUACCAAGGCGCUCACGUUCCGCAUGGCCGUGCGCAUCCUACUGGGUCUGCAGCUGGAUGAGGCACAGUGCGCCGAACUGGCCCGGACCUUCGAGCAACUGGUAGAGAACCUCUUCUCACUGCCCUUGGAUGUGCCCUUCAGCGGUUUGCGCAAGGGCAUCCGGGCCAGGGACCAGUUGCAUCAGCACCUGGAGGAGGCCAUUGCUGAGAAGCUUCAUGAGGACAAGGCAGCAGAGCCAGGUGACCCCCUGGACCUGAUCAUUCACAGCACUAGGGAGCUGGGCCAGGAGCUCUCAGUGCAGGAGCUGAAGGAGUCUGCUGUGGAGCUCCUCUUCGCCUCCUUUUUCACCACGGCCAGUGCCAGCACAUCCCUAGUCCUGCUGCUACUACAGAACCCGGCAGCCGUUACCAAGAUCCAGCAGGAGCUGGCGACGCAGGGGCUGGGGCGUGCCUGCAGUUGCUCGCCCGGGGCAGCGGGGCCCCUGCUCGAAUGCGGCUGCGAGCCCGACCUCACGCUGGCGGCGCUGGGCCGUCUGCGCUACGUGGACUGCGUAGUGAAGGAGGUGCUGCGCCUCCUGCCGCCGGUGUCCGGGGGCUACCGCACAGCGCUGCGCACUUUCGAACUCGAUCGCAGGAAGUUCCUGCAGAUGAAGCGCAGGAAAUACGGCUUCAUUUACAAGACACAUCUGUUUGGGCGGCCCACGGUGCGGGUGAUGGGUGCAGACAACGUGCGUCGCAUCUUACUUGGAGAGCACCGGCUGGUGUCGGUCCACUGGCCCGCAUCGGUACGCACCAUCCUAGGCUCUGGCUGCCUCUCCAACCUGCACGAUUCAUCACACAAGCAGCGCAAGAAGGUGAUUAUGCGGGCCUUCAGCCGCGAGGCACUCCAGUGCUACGUGCCAGUGAUCACUGAAGAAGUGAACGGUUGCUUGGAGCAAUGGCUGAGCUGCGGCGAGCGCGGCCUCCUGGUCUACCCCGAGGUGAAACGCCUCAUGUUUCGCAUUGCCAUGCGCAUCCUGCUAGGCUGUGAGCCUCGGCCCGCGGGCGGCGGGGAGGACGAGCAGCAGCUAGUGGAGGCCUUCGAGGAGAUGACCCGCAAUCUUUUCUCGCUGCCCAUCGACGUGCCCUUCAGUGGGCUAUACCGGGGCGUGAAGGCACGGAAUCUCAUUCACGCGCGCAUCGAGGAGAACAUUCGCGCCAAGAUCUGCAAGUUGCGGGCGGCGGAGACUGCCCGGGAUUGCAAAGACGCGCUGCAGCUGUUGAUCGAGCACUCUUGGGACAGGGGAGAGCCGCUGGACAUGCAGGCACUAAAGCAAUCUUCAACUGAGCUUCUCUUUGGAGGACACGAAACUACAGCCAGUGCAGCAACAUCUCUGAUCACUUACCUGGGGCUCUACCCACAUAUUCUCCAGAAAGUUCGAGAGGAACUGAAGAGUAAGGGCUUACUUUGCAAGAGCAAUCAAGACAACAAGUUGGACAUGGAAAUUUUGGAGCAACUUAAAUACACUGGGUGUGUUAUUAAGGAGACCCUCCGCCUGAAUCCCCCAGUUCCAGGAGGGUUUCGAGUUGCGCUGAAGACUUUUGAAUUAAAUGGAUACCAGAUUCCCAAGGGUUGGAACGUUAUCUACAGUAUUUGUGAUACUCAUGAUGUAGCAGACAUCUUCACUAAUAAGGGAGAAUUUAAUCCUGAGCGAUUUAUGCCACCUCACCCAGAGGAUGCGUCCAGGUUCAGCUUCAUUCCAUUUGGAGGAGGCCUUAGGAGUUGUGUAGGCAAAGAGUUCGCAAAAAUUCUUCUCAAAAUAUUUACAGUGGAGCUGGUCAGGCAUUGUGACUGGCGGCUUCUAAAUGGACCUCCUACAAUGAAAACCAGCCCCACUGUAUAUCCCGUGGACAAUCUCCCUGCAAGAUUCAUUCACUUCCAGGGAGAAAUCUGAUGGGCAUGAAUGCUCAAACCUCAGACUUGUUGGAAGUGUACAUAUGAAUUUUUAUAUAGUGUCAUAUUGACUUAUUAUAUUUAAUUUCUAAAUGUAUAUUAUAUUUAUGUGUCUCUACUAUAGUACCAUGGCCUUUAAAUGUUAAAAUAAUUAAUUUGUAUGAUUUGAAUAAAGUAAAAUGUGAAAGUG